AUUUUGAAUGAUAAAUUUCAGUCGAAUGUGAUGUUCUUCAGUUGUUGGAUGCUGUCAUAAACUUAUUUGUUGCAUUAUUAAACAUUCAAUGUGAUCAAGUUCUUUGCUAUUUUCUAAAAUUCUCGUUGACAAACGUUUUUAAGAAGAACGUACAAUGGAUAGUUCGAAAAAGAAGAAAUGCGGUUUGAAGCGUAAGACAUCUUUGCCAUCUCAUGACGAAAGUUCAAAAAGUAAAGUUAAAAAGAGGAAAAAGAAACUGUCGAAAAAAGAAAAUAAUCCCACUGUUAGCGUUGCUCUUCCUGGAUCUAUUCUAUGCAAUGCUCAGUCUUUGGAAUUAAGAACAUAUUUGGCGGGUCAGAUAGCUCGUGCCUUGGUGAUUUUUAAUAUUGAUGAGGUGAUAGUGUUCAGCGAGUCUUGUCGAAAUACGGCUUACGUCGACCCAACAUUUCGCGGCGCUGGAAACAAAUCUGAUCCGAAUAUAUUAUUAGGCAGGAUAUUACAAUAUCUGGAGUGUCCUCAAUAUCUAAGGAAGUCGUUCUUUCCUAAGCAUCCGGAUUUGCAAUAUGCAGGUUUACUGAAUCCUCUGGAUUGUCCUCACCAUAUGCGAGCGAGUGAUCGACUGCCAUUCAGAGAAGGAGUAGUCGUGAACAGGCCGGUAAAAGAAGGUCGUGGCUCGUUAGUUAAUGUUGGCUUGCAAAAAGACGUGCAAAUUGAUAAACGCUUAAAGCCUGGGACGAGGGUUACAGUGAAGAUUACGUAUAAAGAGCGAGAAACCGAUGUACCUGAUGCUAGCGUAGUACCCCCUAGUCAACCACGUGUAGAGUCUGGCUUGUACUGGGGAUAUACUGUGAGACUCGCCCAUACAUUCGGCGCUGUGUUUACACAAUCACCAUAUGAAAAUGGCUACGAUGUAAGCGUUGGUACAUCUGAAAAGGCGACAGUUGAUAAAAUUGUUUUGCCGAAAUUUCGGCAUUUGCUCAUUGUAUUUGGUGGCCUUCAAGGUCUGGAAGCUAGCCUAGAGUCAGACGAGUCACUUAACAUGAUGGAUCCUCGUUGUCUCUUUCAUCACUAUAUAAAUACUUGCCCUCAACAAGGAAGUCGCACAAUACGAACCGAAGAAGCGUUGUUCAUCACCAUGGCUGCACUUCGACCCCAUAUCAAUGCAGCACGUGUGUAAAUGUAUAAUGGAAGGUAACUUCACGCUCUAGUUUUUGGUUGAGCUGUUAAUAAAAGCUUAUGAACCUGAUAGUAAUGUUUUGGAAAUUCAAACUUGUUUUUUCAAGAUAUAUUCAAUUUGCUGAGUUCGUCGGUCGUAUUAAUAUUCCUGAUUUUUUUUACGUAAUGUCAUCAAACUUUUCAGGCAAUACUCAAAAAUUUAUAAUUAUAAGCAAUUGUAAUUAUUCUAUAGCAAGUUUCCUUCCAAGGAUUGAUUUCUAUAAAGAAGAGGUCUGCAAGAGGUCUGGGAACUCAA